AUGCCUGGAAACAUCAACAAACCACCAGCUAUUCGUAAUCAGAACCACGCAAAUAAUAAUAAUACAAAACAAUUUACAAAUGGUGUAAAUGCAAAUGAACGUCGAACGAAUGGCGGUACAAACACAAUAAAUAAACCUCAUGUCGGUACCUCAUCUGCUUCGAUUAAUCAAAAACAAAAAGUGGUCCCAGCGGAGCCUGUCUCUUGGCAGAUUCCACCUGGUGCACAACAACAACUUAGUCAGGUACAACAACGACAUAGUCAACAAAUUGAAACGCUCGAACGUCGUAUAACUGAAAAUGUAUAUGACACGGAAGCGUGGUUAGCUUUACUUGAUGAAUUGAAAGAUAAAGGCGAUACAAAUAAAGUUAGAGAAACAUUUAAAAGUUUUACAGAAAAAUUUCCCACAGUGUCUCGUCAAUGGAUUGAAUAUCUUAACUUCGAAUUAAGCCAAGAUGAUAAGAGUAAAGUUCAAGAAAUAUAUCCAAAUUCUUUUCGUUAUUCCAUUUCCGUUGAAAUGGCUAAGCAUUAUAUCGAAAAUGUGCGGAAACAAGUUGAAGCCAGUAUUCCACCAGAGAACGAUCCUAUUGGGAGUAUCAUAUCUAUUUACAAGUAUGCACUGAAUCACGUCGGGUUAGAUAUAGAAGCAGGUAUUAUUUGGCAAGAUUAUUUGAAUUUUUUAAACAACCUUGAACCCACGGAUAACAUGGUGAAUGAGUUGCGAGAUGCUUAUAAACAAGCUUUAAAAAUCCCGUUGAAUAAUAUUGAGGAAAUAUGGAAGAGUUACAAGAAAAAUGAGAAGAAAGUGAGCCUUCCGAAUCAGCAGCCGAUCAAGAAACAACAAUAUGAUCGUAUUUCCACAGUUGUUAAAGAUUUACGUCGAUUCACUGAUAAAAUUAAUAAGAAUGUAAUUCCGAUUCCUUUGAAAUGGACAAAAACGGAAGUAGAACAGAAACAUUAUUUGGAAAAAUGGAUUGAAUGGGAAAAAUCCAAUCCGCUUCGGCUCGAGUCAGUGGAUCUUUCAAAAAGAAUCAUUUUCGCUUAUAAAAAAGCCAUGAUGUACAUGCGAUACUACCCCAAGAUAUGGCAUGAUACAGCUGAAUACUUGGUAUCGAUUGGAGAUGAAGAUUGGGCCUCAAUUAAAAACAAAAAAGUUGAGGCAAAAGCUUUGUUUGGAUCCUUUUUUGGGAAAGAAUUAAAAGAAACAAAGGAAGAAGUAGCAUUUAAUUUAUUGAGUUCUGCGAUUGAAAUUAUGCCAGACAGUUUGAUGGUUAACUUACGUUAUGCAGAACUUAAGGAACAUCUUAACCAAAAUAUUUACCGAAAUCGUGAUGCUAAUCGUGAUGCUUUUCAAAAAACUUUUUGUGAAAAUUUUAAAACAUAUGAAUCCCUAUUAGAAAUUAUGAACAAAAAGUACGAAAAGAUUGAACAAGACAUACAAGCGGAAAUUGAUGCCUUAAUGAAGAGGCAUGAUGCCAAGGAAACCGAAAAUACCACCUAUGAAGAUGGUGAGACUCGGGAGUUAAAAAGGAAAAAACAAAUAGGACUUAAAAAUGAGAUUUUGGAGAUUGAAGAACGUAAGAAACAACAAAUCGAUAAAAUAGUUUCUGCUGGUGGUGUUAUUUGGAUAAACCUAAUAUCUUUUGUAAGACGUGUCAAAGGUUUAGAAAAGGCUCGUAAAUUAUUUUAUGAAAAAGCUGCGAAAUCUCAUCUUUGCACAUAUAAUGUAUAUACAGAAUUUGCAUCAAUGAAUUCCAAAUUUGCUCAUAAGUAUGUAAAAAAUGUUCGACCCGGUUUCGGUGUUGGUGAUAAUGCUCCUAGUGGAGAUGACAUGAAAAUUUUCAAAUUAGGAUUGGAUCAGAAAGAAUUAGCAGAAAAUCCCAAUUUUGUGGCUGAAUACUUAAAAUUUUUUAUAGGGAAAAAUGAUCAUAUUAACAUACAUUCGGUUUUUGAGAAAUACAUUCAGUUAAUUCCAUCUGAUAAAAGUAAAGUACUCUGGGAUAUUUACUGUCCAUACGUGUACAAAUAUUGCACACUCUUUAAAAUAAGGAAUACUGAAGAGCGUAGAAGAAUGAUUUAUCCCCAAGAAUCUUCGAUAAAGAGAUUUGCUGACCGGUUUGGUUUGUCAGAUACAAGUUUAUUAAAGAACGAAGUUGGCACACAGAAUCCUGUCAAGAGAUCAAUUGACCAUACUACAACCGCAACAGCGAAAGUACCAACGGUGGUAAGGAAUAAAAAAGAAGUACGUGAGCCCGCUGCUCCUGAGCGGCUGGCUUUAUUGAAAUCGGUGAGCCAAGAAGCGUUCAUACGUCCGAAAAUGCAGUCAUCGUGGCAAUUGUAUGAUCAAACGGAAGUAGAAAAAGAACAGCCGGCAGUUACUUCUGUUUCUGUUUCGGGCGCUCCUCCAGAAAAAAUCGCGAGGUAUCUCGCAACACUUCCUCACUCUUCUAAUUACAAAGGGCCAAUCAUAAACCCGAAUUUGUUGAUAAAUGCCAUUAUCAAAAACAAUAACAUUUUAAUACCUACGGUACGAGAUAGAAGCCCAGCCAGGACUGAAGGUCGAGGUCGUGCACGUCAAACGGAAACUGCACCAAAGAGGAGAAGAAGAGAUUAUGACGGUGAGGACGAGGAUUCUUCAGAUCGGGGUGGCGGCCCGGGAAUCAAUCGCCCACCAGAAUUUGAUUUGUUCCGAGCCCGACAGGCGAAACGGGCUCGCGGACACUGA